GACCGACUUUGAUCUCGCGUUUGUGCGGACACGUGGGGAGCGGGUUGGUACUGAGGCGGCUCUGGCGGAUCCGCGGUGCGGCCCCGGCCCGGACGCCCCAGGUCUUGGCUUCAGUGGAGCAGCACCUUGAAUCCGUCCUAGGAGACCACACAGCCGUGAUUUGACGUCUCUAGUCAAGAGUUGCCCCGGAGAAUCACAAGCAGUGACACAUCUUGUUGCUAAAGUAGUACCUGCCUCUCUUACCUGGGGAAGAUCAGGGAAGUCAUCCAACCAGUGAGGAGAGUGAACCUGGAGGAUCAGCCUCACCUGCUUGGGGAGAGGGUUGGACUUUUUUGAUCUAAAAUUGACUUCUCAAGCAUGGAGGCAACCAUCCAAAGACUACACCAUCCAGGCCCGGGAGGAGACAGCAACACAGACAACCAUGGCCGUGACUUCUAUGACUUCUCUCUGUCAGUCCCCUUUCCAUCCCCUAUGGAAGCAGAGAUUGCAUGCCGCUCUUUGGACCCGGAUCCUGAGCCUCGCCGGAAUGGUGUCCAACGGGAGUUAACUGUCAUUGGGAACAAAUUGGUUCUCCACUGGAGAGCAGAAGAAGCACGAUUCUUCCGAGUCUCUAUCACCACUUUCCUGGACUAUCUGGCUCUGGUGCUGCAGACCAUGGAGCGUUUUGGGCCACCAGGGCCCCACUGAGACACCUCUCCCUGACCCACUCCUGUCCUGUAGGCACAGGCCCAAGUACCCCUACAGCUCUCAUCCCAUUUCCCCCAAUGAAGAAGAGCUAACAGAAAGACUGAGCUUAGAAAAUAGGGGAAAACAGAAACCAAGACCCCUCCCCAACUUCCUUCCCUGCUUACUCCCCUCCCCCAUAAUCCCACCCAGCUUUGAAUAUCACUUUCUCAUCAACCGAGAAGAUGGAAAUUGGAACAGGAGGGAUCCUGGUUCCAGUUUGCCCGCUGCAGUAUGAACUUGUUGCAGAAAAAUGAAUCUUAUUAUACAAACACACACAAACCCCCUGGUGACUGAUCCCUUAAUAAGUAACAGUCAACCCUCUGCUUUCUCCCUCUGUGGACAUUAGAUUUGACGUAGAAUUUGAAUUGCAGGAGGUAUGGGGUUUUAUUUAUGUUGUUUUUCUGGGGGUAUGGGGGUUACUUUUAACCCUCAGGGUUAAAGUUGGUGAAUAGGCUGGAGAUGAUCUAGUAAGAAAGAAGAAAGGUUGUAGAUACUUAUGUGUGUGCAUGUUGUCUCUCCCAUUAGAAUGUAAGCUCCUUGGGGCCAGGAACUGUUUCACUUUGGUUUUUGUAUCCCUAUCCUUUAGCAUAGUGCCUGAAACAUAGUGAGCACUUAAUAAAUGCUUGUUGAAUGGCUGCUUGACUAAGGUGGAAUACCCAGAAGGACCAUAGGAUUUCCCCUCAGCCUUUUCUGGCCCUUCUCUUCUUGGUCAACAGAAGGGAAUACUGAGCUGCUUUCUUGUGGGUAGAACAAUAGCUGACAGCAGUGGGGUUCUUCCUCUCCUCCCUCCCUGGCGCACAGAGGAGCACUUAGGAGUGCUGUGCACCAACUUGCUCACUCUUUCCCCUUCCCUUCUUUUCUCUCACCCACUGUUCCUAUCCUUCCCACCCCCUGCCUCCCUCUCCUUGGUUUAAGGGUAGGAGGUUCAGCUGGGCCCAGGAGAGGGAAUGGAAUUCUUUUUGCUGGAGUGAUCUGGUCUCUUGAAGGUUGUUGUUCAAAGUGAUCCUUUGAAUUUAUAGUUUUAAUGGCUUUUCAUGUUUGUGUUGAGCUGGAUAAUUCCCUCAAAGUCCAUAUUGUUUCAGAUUCCUCAUUAAAUUUUCCCCCUUUCAAACAAAA